UGGUAAGCUCGACAUCCAUUUCGUUUGUCACGUUUUUGGACUGUUUGCCCGGAUUCUCAAACAGAUGGAGCGAUUGAUUCCAUUGCUUCUUCUUUGUCUCCUCAUCGGCAAUGUAGCAUCGAUGAAGAAACCCGGAGAGAUUGUGGAGGACAAGGAGCUCCUGGACGAUGAAUUCGAUAGCAGCGAGAGGCAAGACUAUCAGCAAGUCGAUCCAAAGCCAAAGCUCCAGUCUCCAGUCCAGCCAGGCCCGGUGGAGCAUCUCAAGCCUCUUCCACCAUUCGGCUCGUCCCCGCAUGCAGCUCCUCCAUCUCCACCACCUCGAUCGCCGCCACCUCCCACCACCGCCGCUCCGCCACCAUCGCCACCGUCCAAGCCCGACAAUCCCACUGUUCCAAUCUCCACUGGCUCUUCUUCAUCGUUUCCUCCGUCACCUUCUGGAGGCUCGACGAUUAUCACUCCACCACCUUGAGAAUUCUCUAUAUUUUUCUCGAAGUGUUCUAAUAACAUAGCACCUAGAAUAUACAAAGAGGAAAAAAUGGUAUA